CAUUAAAUAAAACAGUAUUCUGAGUAAAUAGACAAUCCGAUAAAGUAUCGAAACGUCGCGACGAAUUUAAUAGUUUUUUUCCUGGUUCCUAUAAUACCAUCUUCGACGUAAUCUUGUUUCAUUUUAACCAAGAAAACACCCUUAAAAUGGGGCUUUUAGUAAGCGCAAUUGCAGAUGACAAUGUCAACCCAUCACUAACAGCACCGACAUCCAUCGAAUUAAAUAAUAUGCAAGAUGAAGAAGAAAGAAGACGUCGACAACAACAACCAGUGAUCGAUCAACAGCCAACUCGUUCUCACUAUUACCAUGACGAUGAUUGUGGAACAUGCUGUAUAUUUUGCAUUACACCCGAUCAUCAUCAUCAUUAUCACCACAACGGCGAUUGUGAUUAUUGUUGUUGCUGUAACUGUGGAAAUUGUGACUGCGAUUGUGGGGGUUGUGAUUGCGAUUGCGAUUGUGGAGGUUGUGACUGCGAGUGCGGAGAUUGUGAUUGUGGUGAUUGUGAUUGCAGUGUCUAAGUUUGCAGAUAAAAUCUUGUAUCAAAAUAAGCACAAAAUUAAAAUUAAAUAAAAAAAAAUUAAAAAAAACUUUAAAA